AUGGAGAUCAGAGAGCAGCCGGGUUCACAGGACGUCGCGGCGUCCGCGUUUCUACAUCACUCAUUUUUCCACCGUAUGGUCCCGGUGGGCCUCCGUGGAAAAGACAAACUGUACAUGACAUCGUACAUCGGCGGGGAUUUUAAUACACACGAACUGAUAGCAGGCCGCCAACAGGCCAUCAACAAGCCAUCAACAAGCCAUCAGCAGGCCGCCAACAAACCGCCAGCGGGCUGUCAACAAGCCGCCAGCGUUAACAAGGCCGCCAACAAGCCGCCAACGGGCCGCCAACAAGCUGCCAACAAGCCAUCAACUGGCCGCCAACAAGCCGCCAACGGGCCAUCAACUGGCCGCCAACGGGCCAUCAACUGGCCGCCAACAAGCCGCCAGCGGGCCGUUAACAAGCCGCCAACAAGCCGCCGGGCCCUACAAGCCAUCAACGGGCCACCAACAAGCCGCCAACGGGCCGUCAACAAGCCACCAACGGGCCGUCAACAAGGCGCCAACGGACCAUCAACUGGCCGCCAAUGGGCCGCCUACAAGCCAUCAACGGGCCACCAACAAGCCGCCAACAAGCCGCCAACGGGCCGUCAACAAGCCGCCAACGGGCCGCCAACGGCCGCCAACGGGCCGCCAACAGGCCGCCAACAAGCCGCCAACAAGCCGCCAACGGGCGCCAAAAAGCCAACUGGCCGCCAACAAGCCGCUCUGGAGAGGAAAACGACCAACAACUCCUCCAAGAGAAAAUACGUAUAG